AUGGCAACGCUGCGCUGUUGUCGUGCGUCUAUGGCAUUUGUACUAGAAUAUGCUGCUGUACCAUCGGUACGGCGUGUUUUUGUAUUGCUCUAUUAUAAAGACGGGCCAUGCACGGAUGUGACUGUUGAGGAGGGAAAAUUCAAAAAUUCGUUGUUUGACCCGCUAAGCUACUUACCGAGUGUGGAACGAGCGUGUCGAAGUCAACGUAUUGAGAAGACAUGUGAAGAUUUUAUUAAAGCCUAUUUUAACAACUCUGUUGAUAUCCCAAACCUAGACCUCCUGCGGGAAAAGGGCGAUAAAUUCUCCAUGCACCGCUUGGUGUUUCUAUUCGGAUGUGAUCGAGUAGAAAAGGAAUGUUUUAACGAUGAAGAAGAACUAACGGAACACAGCUUAAACCUCGUCAGAAGUACCUUCGCUCACGUGUACUUUGAAAAGGUCCUAAUGAGAGAAGUACAGUGUUUCGAGGAUUUCAUCUCACUGUUGGAAGGUAUUGGGCAAGCGCAUAUCCCACCAUUACGGAAGGAAAUAGAACGAUUCAUCUGUCGGGAAGUGAUAUCGGCCUUCAAGACGAAGUACAAACCAGGAACCGCAGAAGAACCUGUUGAGGAAAAGAUAGUUUCUUCAUCAUCAUAA